AUGAAGGGGGAAGGUCAUCGGUUUCCUUAGAAAACGGGGACGCGGUUUUUGCUCUGUGGAAUCAGAAGAAAACAAUUUCCCAUAAAUACAAAAAUUUGCGCGCAGGUAAGAAUCCUCUAUUCUACCUUUUCUCUCUCUAAUUUUCUUUUUUAUCUAUCUGAAAUUUCUGGGAAACCUGCGAUCCGCUGUUUGCAAUAGCGUGAUCUAAGGUUUCUAAUAACGCUUGUUUGCCUCCCGUCCUUUUCUAAUUUCUCUUCGAGGAGGAUUCCGAUUUCUAUAUUCGAUAUGAGUGAUCACGUCGUCUUGUACGUCGACCACCUUAUGAGGCCGGAUCAGGUGCCUCCUGAGCCCUCUGCUGGUCCCUCGUCUUCCACGCUCAAUCAGGAAACCCACGCAGUUGCUUUGGACCAGGAGACCCAGGAAGAUGAGCCUUUGAUUCAGGUCGCCGAGUGCCGCAUUUGCCAAGAAGAGGAUUCGGUUAACAACUUGGAGACUCCCUGUGCCUGCAGUGGGAGCCUCAAGUCUUAUCAACCUGGUUAUACUGCUCCUUCUCGUCCACCUCGCACUGAAGACACUGCUAUUGAUAUUGGUGGAGGCUGGACCAUCUCUGGCACUCCUCUGGAUCUGCGUGAUCCUCGUCUUUUGGCAAUUGCAGAAGCAGAACGUCAUUUUCUGGAAGCUGAGUAUGAUGAAUAUGCUGCUUCAAAUGCUAGUGGAGCUGCAUUUUGCCGUUCAGCUGCUCUGAUUUUGAUGGCCCUUCUGCUCUUGCGGCAUGCAUUGACUGUAACAGAUGCUGAUGGAGAUGAUGAUGUGUCUACCUUUUUUUCUCUAUUCUUGCUACGAGCAGCUGGUUUUCUUUUGCCAUGUUACAUCAUGGCUUGGGCCAUCAGCAUCUUGCAACGUCGUAGACAAAGACAGGAGGCUGCAGCAUUGGCAGCAACACAAGUUGCUUUUGUGCUUCAGUCGGGCCAACAUAGGGGUCUGCAGUUCACAAUAGCAUCAGGACCGCAUGUAGCUCCACACCAGGAACCCGUUUAAAAGUAGGAAAACCCGAGGGAGACGAUAAGUGGAAGAUAAUUUCCAAUCAAUAAUAUGUUUGUAUUAUUAAACCAAUCCCCCCAACCCCACCCCAACCAAAAACCGAAAAAGUGUGAAUGAUGCUCUCAUUUGGCACUCUUUUAUGUUGUUUUUCCUUUCCGUAAUAUGUACAUACGUGUCAUCGCCUGUGGAACUGAAGUCGUUUAGAUAUCUAAAUUUGCUGUUAAAAAUGA